CAAUCACGUCCCAAUUAAUGCCCCCAUAACCCCAACUUGCCCACUUGGCCUAUAAAAAGUGCAAACUACUCUCUCUCUAUCUCCUUGUCAAGCCAACCCAAAACCUCAGAUAUCCCCAUACUGCAGCCAAGAAGAUUUCCUCUCAUCAGCAAUGGAGUUCCCCUUCCCGUCAUACCAACUUUCUCCCUGGCAUUACCUCCUCUCAUCUCCUGCCCUUUUCUCCAACCAGCUUCUUCCCGAAAACUACGUUCGUUGGACAGAGACCCCUGAGUCUCACAUUUAUUCUGCUGAUCUUCCUGGUGUGACGAAGGAGGAGAUAAAAGUGGAACUUGAGGACGCAAGAUAUCUUGUAAUCAGGACCGAGGCCGUUGAUGAAUUAACAAAACCAGUCAGGAACUUCACGAGGAAAUUCCGGCUCCCUGGAAUGAUAGAUAUUGAUGGAAUAUCAGCCGGAUAUGAAGAUGGGGUCUUGACAGUUACAGUGCCAAGGUCCUUCAGGAGGAGUGGUUUCUAUAUUGACCCUGCAGAUGUUCCCGAGAGGCUUGAAGUUCUUGCAAGGGCUGCCUGAAAUUGGAAAGUUAGAUAUAAAUGGCUACUUGGUUAGUUAAGCUAGUAAGAAUAGGUUCCAAUCAAUGAUUCAAUUCCAUUAAAUUGUUAGCCUGUUUGUGGGUGUGAUUGGUUUGGGAAUUUGUUGUAUGAAAGAUUUGAUUUGGUAUGGAACUAUGGCUGCUGCUGUAAUCUGUCCAUGGAUAUUGGCAUGAACUUUAUAUUUCACUCUAA